AUGCCAAGCCUCUCUGAAUAUAUAAAGGAAACCUUCAAGAGCAAUUUCAGAGUCACCCAGAAGAAGCAGAAGAAAAAGGUUUCAUCCAGCUCUGUCAGACAGAGACUGAACCAACCAUGCUUCUCCCUGCCAUUCACUUCUAUGGCUUUCUCUUAGCUUGCAUCUUCACGAAAAGCUACUUGGCUUUCAAGAACGAUGCCACAGAGAUACUUUAUUCGCACGUUGUUAAACCUGCUGCAGCGAGCCCAAGCAGCAAUAGCACGUUGAAUCAAGCCAGGAAUGGAGGCAGGCACUACACUAGCACUGGAUCCGACCGUAACAAUCGUGUUCAAGUUGGCUGUCGGGAACUGAGAUCCACGAAGUACAUUUCAGAUGGCCAGUGCACCAGCAUCAAUCCACUGAAGGAGCUGGUGUGUGCUGGUGAAUGCCUCCCUUUGCCACUGCUCCCCAACUGGAUUGGAGGAGGUUAUGGAACCAAGUACUGGAGCAGGCGGAGCUCGCAAGAGUGGCGAUGUGUCAAUGACAAAACUCGCACCCAGAGGAUCCAGCUUCAGUGCCAGGAUGGAAGUAUAAGAACCUACAAAAUAACUGUGGUCACAGCCUGCAAGUGCAAGCGAUACACCAGGCAGCACAAUGAGUCCAGCCACAACUUUGAGGGAACCUCUCAAGCAAAACCUAUCCAGCAUCACAAAGAGAGGAAAAGAGCCAGUAAAUCCAGCAAACAUAGUACAAGUUAG